AUGAAUAUCGAGGAUGAGACGGUGGUGGUUGAAAAUGUGACAGAUGUGCAUCAGGAUGUGGUCGAGGAGAUCCGGCCUAUUGAUCUGGAUAUUUCAGAUGAGAUUCUGGCCAAAAACGGCAUUGAAAAAAUAACCAAGGCAAAAGUGGUCGUUGAAUCACUGUUGCUGAACAAUUACAUCUAUAUCCACUCUGACGACAGGAGACUGAUGUGUGCUAAGAGAACUAUGCGUGGAUUCAACAUCUACGACCUAAGAACCAACGAGAUCAUAUGCAAACUAUCCGCCAACAUCUUUGGUACGAAAUAUUCAGUUACGAAACUAAAGGCAAAAACAAGUGAAAACAUGCAAGAGAUUACGAAUAGAGACGGAAUGUACAGGUCAAAGAACAACUCAAGUUCGAUGUUGAUUAACAACCCGAAUCUACUGAAUACGCUUCCAGCACUAUCAGUCUCAUACGACGUGAAGUUUCUAAAGCGAGAAACUCCCAGGUCAUUUAAGAUUAAAAUGGGCCAGCUUGGUCUCCAGAACAAGCAGCCAAUUUACAAUCCAGAAACAAACGCAUACAGUUUAAAUUUCAGUGGUCGAGUUACGGUAGCAUCAGUGAAGAAUUUCCAGAUUGUUCAUCCACUGGAACUCACCUUUAUUACGCUUACAUUUGGUAAAGAAGGAAAUGAAUCGUAUAUACUUGAUUUCACACACCCGUGGAAUGCAUUACAUGCAUUUUGCGUGGCUUUGACUGCAUUGGACCACAAAUUGGGAUUUGAAUGA